AUGGCGGGCGCGGCGCAGGCGGCGGCGGCACGGAGUGGGGCGGGGCAGCCGGUGCGGCGAGGGAGCAAGAAGGUGCCGAGCGAGGUCGUCGUCCGCGAGGCGCUCGCGCGCAACUAUGCGUUCUUCGGCGACGACAAGAUGGACGCCGUGCGCGACAAGUUCGUCGUCGUCGUCGGUCUCGGCGGCGUCGGCAGUGCGGCGGCCGUCAUGCUCGUUCGGAGCGGGAUCCGCAAGAUCCGCAUCAUCGACUUUGACCAGGUGUCGCUCAGCUCGCUCAACCGGCACUCGACGGCGACACUCGCCCAGGUCGGUAUGCCCAAGGUGACGGCCUGCGCCGACUACUUUGCCGAGAUCGCGCCCUGGGUCGAGGUCGACGCGCGCAUCGAGCUGUUCGAGAAGGACCGCGCCGCAGAGCUGCUCGAGGGCAACCCGGACUACGUCGUCGACUGCAUCGACAACAUCGACUCCAAGGUCGACCUCCUCGCCUACUGCUGCAAGAACGGCCUGCCCGUCUUUGCGUCGCUCGGCGCCGCGUGCAAGUCGGACCCGAGCCGGAUCCAGGUCGCCGACAUCUCGACCACGUUCGAGGACCCGCUCGCCAAGUCGGUGCGGCGACGACUGCGCCUCGAGGGCGUCUCGCAGGGCGUGCCCGUCGUCUACUCGACCGAGAAGCCCCGACCAGACCUCGGCCUGCUCCCGCUCGACGAGGCCGAGUUUGAGAAGGGCAAGGUCGACGAGCUCCACGCGAUGCAGAACUUCCGGGUCCGCAUCCUGCCCGUCCUCGGCCCUCUGCCGGCCAUGUUUGGCAACGUCGCGGCCGCCUACGUCCUGCAGCAGCUCGCCGGGUUCAAGAUGGAGACGCUCCCCGUCAAGAACCGGUUCAAGCUCGCCGCGACCCUGCACCGCCAGCUCUCGGCGUCCGAGAUGAAGCUCACCGGCGACAACCGCAUCCCGUUCUCCGAGGACGACAUGGCGUACCUGUACGAGGAGAUCCACCGCGCCAAGUCGGUCGCGCCGCCGCACGUCUACCCAGCCCGGCCGACCGUCCUGCGGUGGCGCAAGGAGCGCGGCCUCGCGUGGGACAACCUCGUCGUGUUUGACCGCGACGAGGGCCGCGUGCACGAGGAGCGGUGCCUCGUCGGCGACGAGGACCCGGAGGACGUGUGGGGGCCCGAGGUGGCAGAGCUGGUUGCGCGACGCAUGGAGGAGGAGCGAAGGUUGCGCAAGUACAGGAUCUGA